AACUACCCUACGUUAACUUGUAUUCUCAAUCCAAGCAAAUCUAACCCAAACAUCAAAGUUGGGUACAUACCCUUCUUAUAGCUUAAAGAUUCAAUUUUCUCGAUUGGGACAUCCUUCAUUGAUUUUCUAAGACAUCCAUUUGCAUCAUCCAAUUCAUAGAAAAAAAGACUUCCAACCACCACUUGAUCUCCCUUUUCAUAUAUAAAGGAUAAAGCAAAAGUGACUCUUAGGUAGAAUCGAACUAUUCAUUUAGUUCAAUUGCUCUCAAGUCUCAACCUUCAUUCAUGGGCAACUUCAAAUUCCAAAACCUUUCCCUUGCCGUCUUAGUCGCCAUUUUCGCUUUCCUCGCAUCCUCCGUACUCGUCGCUAAUAACACCAAUAGCGACGGGCUAUUCACCCUGCCGUCACUAAUUACUGAUUUCAAAGAGCUGGUCACGGAUCGCCUGGAAAGACUUGCAUCCGAGUUUCACUAUCUAUCUAUUUCUUCUCUCGUUCGCCGGAGCCACAAGAAAAAGCGCCCGACGGACGGCGGCGGCGGAGGUGCCAAGCCGAAGCCGGCGAGCAUUUGCGACGACUUCCCGCCGGACAUUCCGCCACCGGAUACCAACACCACGACGACGAUCUGCGUUGACAGGAACGGGUGCUGCAAUUUCACGACGGUGCAAGCCGCCAUUGACGCCGUCCCCAACAUGAGCUCGAAGAGGAGCAUUAUCUGGAUAAACUCCGGAAUUUACUACGAGAAAGUGGUCGUGCCGAGAACCAAACCGAACGUCACGUUUCAAGGGCAAGGCUACACUUCCACGGCCAUCGCAUGGAACGACACCGCGUUUUCAGCCCACGGCACGUUCUACAGCGCUUCCGUCCAGGUCUUCUCCGAUAGGUUCGUCGCCAACGGCAUAAGCUUCAUGAACGUUGCGCCGAUUCCCGGGCCUGGAGACGUCGGAGCUCAGGCGGUGGCCGUUAGGGUUUCGGGAGAUCAGGCAGUUUUCUCGAGCUGUGGCUUCUUCGGAGCGCAGGACACACUGCACGACGACAGGGGGCGGCAUUUGUAUAGGGAUUGUUACAUCCAAGGGUCGAUUGAUUUCAUCUUCGGUAACGCGAGAUCUCUCUAUCAGAACUGCCAGCUGAUAUCCAUGGCGAACCCAGUGGGCCCAGGGGUGAGGUCCAUAAACGGGGCGGUGACGGCCCACGGGAGGGCGUCCAAGGACGAGAACACGGGCUUUGCGUUCGUGAACUGCAGCCUGGGAGGCACGGGCAGGAUCUGGCUGGGCCGGGCCUGGAGGCCCUUCUCUCGAGUAGUUUUCGCCAAUACGGCCAUGACCGAUAUCGUCGCCCCUGAAGGCUGGAAUGACUUCAACGACCCCGCCAGAGACCAGACAAUCUUCUACGGGGAGUACAAUUGCAGUGGCGCAGGUGCUAAUCUGAGCCUGAGGGCACCUUAUGUGCAGAAGCUGAAUGAUACAUUGGCUGCUCCUUUCAUCGACAUGUCCUUCAUCGAUGCAGAUCAAUGGUUGACUUAGCCGGUUAAAAUCACAUGGUCUCGUGUUUGGGAUGGUUGUACAUCGAAUUCUAACUUCAAAGUCGGUUUGUGCUCUCGCUUAAUCAUACGAAUACUUGCUCAUGUUACAUUUUCUACGGAAUUGGAUUAUGAUGGGUUAACUUGACUAUAACGUGGAGAUACAACACGCAUCACACGUUAGAUUCGAACCCUCAAAGUCGACGAUCAUUUAAAAGAAUCUAAUGGGUUGAAUGGGGAAAAAAAUACUAUUGUGCGUUCUGAGGGGUUAACCUGAUUGUAAUAUGGAGAGAUAUAAUAUGCAUCACACGUUAGAUUCGAACCUCAAUGUCAUGGGUUGAAGAAAAAAAAUACUAGCGUGCAGCUGCGGAUCAUUAUAAUUUUUUGAAUGAAAAACGAGAAUUAGA